UUAGUUAAAGUUACCUCAAGUUCGAAGCAUAAAUUUGUUUAUUGAAUUAUAAAAUGGAUAAGAAGACCUGGAUAGCGCCGCUCACCUCGAACACCAACAGCAAUGUGAGUACCGUGGAGUCCACUCCGCGAAGCUCGGGCUCCUUGUCCCCAGUGGUUCAUCCAAGGGCUCAACCGUUGGCCACCCACAAGAAGUGCACCUGUCCGCGUCCUGAACACAAGCUUGCCUCCAUAAUCCGUCCCUCCCAUGCGAAACGCGAGUCCGAGGAAGUCGAAGUCGACGAAGCCCCAGAGGAACGUUCUCGUUCGUCUCGGCUGUCCAGGCUUUCUAACCAACAAAGCAUGCACAUAACUCUGGAGCCUUCCAAGAAUGAGGACUCACAUAUUGCCACUGAAAAGGUGAUGGAAACGCACACCUAUUCCUUUGACGAAGAGGAGGAGGAGGAGCCGCAUGUGGGACGGAUUUUCGGGGUUUCCGGUCCGGUGGUGAAUGCCGAGGAAAUGGCCGGAGCCGCCAUGUACGAGCUGGUCCGCGUGGGUCACUACCAGCUGGUGGGCGAGAUCAUCCGGCUGGAGGGCGACAUGGCCACGAUUCAGGUGUACGAGGACACCUCGGGCGUGAGUGUCGGCGAUCCUGUCUACCAGACGGGCAAGCCGCUGUCCGUGGAACUCGGGCCGGGAAUCAUGGGCAGCAUCUUCGACGGCAUCCAGCGACCCCUGCGGACGAUCAGCGAACUGACCAACUCCAUCUACGUGCCCAAGGGCAUCGAUGUGCCGGCUCUGCCGCGUAACAUAUCGUACUCGUAUACCCCCGCCAAAAUCAAGCUCGACGAUUUGGUCACCGGCGGUGAUAUUUACGGAUCGGUAUUUGAGAACAGCAUGAUGCACGACCACCGACUGAUGCUCCCGCCGCGGUGCAAUGGGCGGGUCAAGUGGCUGGCACCCGCGGGUAACUACUGCGUGGACGAUGUGAUCGCGGAAACGGAGUUCAACGACGAGGUCACGCGGCACACAAUGCUCCAGGUGUGGCCGGUGCGCAAGUGUCGUCCGGUGGAGGACAAGCUGCCCAGCAACACUCCCCUUCUGACCGGCCAGCGCGUCCUGGACGCCUUCUUCCCGUGCGUCCAGGGCGGAACCACCGCCAUUCCGGGUGCCUUUGGCUGUGGGAAGACGGUCAUUUCGCAGGCCCUGUCGAAGUACUCAAACUCCGAUGUAAUUAUCUACGUGGGCUGCGGCGAGCGAGGCAACGAGAUGUCCGAGGUUCUCAGGGACUUUCCACAACUGGAGGUGGACGUCAAUGGGACAAUGGAGUCGAUAAUGAAGCGCACUGCCCUGGUGGCGAACACCUCCAAUAUGCCGGUGGCCGCCCGAGAGGCCUCCAUCUACACCGGAAUCACCUUAUCUGAAUACUUCCGGGACAUGGGCUACCACGUGUCCAUGAUGGCGGACUCCACGUCCCGUUGGGCGGAGGCGCUGCGUGAGAUCUCCGGUCGCCUGGCCGAGAUGCCUGCCGAUGCCGGCUACCCAGCCUACCUGGGCGCCCGACUGGCUUCGUUCUACGAGAGAGCCGGACUGGUCAAGUGCCUGGGAAGCCCCGAGCGCGAGGGAUCCGUGUCGAUUGUGGGCGCUGUGUCGCCUCCUGGUGGUGACUUCUCCGAUCCCGUGACCUCGGCCACGCUGAGCAUCGUCCAGGUGUUCUGGGGCCUGGACAAGAAGCUGGCCCAGCGGAAGCACUUUCCCUCGGUGAACUGGCUGCAGUCGUACUCCAAGUACAUGCGCACUCUGGACAACUACUACGAGGAGUCCAAUCCGGAGUUCACCCAGCUGCGGGCCAAGGCCAAGAAGGUGCUGCAGGAGGAGGACGACCUGGCCGAAAUCGUCCAGCUGGUGGGCAAGUCGUCGCUGAACGAGGAGGACAAGAUAACGCUCGAGAUAGCCAAGAUGCUGAAGGACGACUUCCUGCAGCAGAACUCCUACUCGCCCUACGACGCCUUCUGUCCCUUUUUCAAGACCAUCGGCAUGCUGAAGAACAUGAUGGCCUUCCACGAGGCGGCGAUCCUGGCCGUAAAGAACACGGCCGACCAGGAGGCGCGGGUCACCUGGGGUUUGAUUCGGACGCGGGCCGCCAACAUUCUGUACGAGCUGUCCACGAUGAAGUUCAUCGAUCCCAAGCUGGGAGAAGCGGCUGUCCUGGAGACAAUGGACAAGCUUCAUGAAAAUAUCCUGCUAACUUUCCGGGACAUAGAGGAUAACGUGGAGGUAUAUUGA